AUGGCAACACAGGGCGUGCGGAGCUCGUUACACGUUACGGCGUUCACCUUCUCACUCCUCAUUAAAAUUUGCACGACAGCUUCUAAAUUCUACUCUUUUCUCCGCACCUCCAUUUCAAUAUACGGGAAAAAGUGGAAGAGCACCGUGCACGGAGCACCGAGCCGGGCUGGCAAAACUUUUGCCGCCCCACCCGCUCGAGGGGGGCAAAAAGUGUUGCCGACGGGGAGCCCUCGUAGCUAUACCUAUGUCGGGGAAAAGUUUUCCGUGUUGCGGGCAGGGGGAAUGGGGGGGGAGGGUGAACGCAUGCGCGACGUGCUAGCCGCA